AUGACCCAGACAACUUUUACGAACACUACCUCUGAAAGAAGAAAAAAGUACACGAUUGAAAUAGAACGUGAAAUAAACGAUAACUAUGUGAAGAUUCAAAUUACACCUAAUGGACUCCGAAAAAAGCAAUUUAUCAAUUGCAUAAUAGUUAUUAUAUUCAAUAGUUGGAUCAUGUUAUCCAGCCAUACAUUCUUUGAAAGAUUUGCAUCAUAUACUAUUGCGGUUAAAUCAUUGAUGUUCCUCACCAGUUGUAUGACACUAAAGAACCCUACAAUUGAGACAUUGACAAUAUUUAAAAACUAUGGAAUUCAAACAUCAGAUGUAAGUGGGUAUAGUGUGUUACCAGACACACUCAAUAACAUGAUUUGCUCCCCACGGACAAUAUUUGUCCCAAGAGAUAGAAUAGUAGAUGUUAUCAUCAAUGAGGGAUUUGUAAGAGAAUGCCAAGUUAUAUUUUACUUAGCUGCAAUUGUCAGAGGCCAAGAUAAAAUGAAGCUUCUGUUUUCAAGAAAUAGACCCCGAUUAGUUGAUCAAAAAACAAUAUAUAAUUUAGCAAGAAAAUGCCUUUAUUUGAAACGUGAACCGUUACUGGUAGAAUAA